CCGGGUCGGGGAGGGUACAGCGUGGUGCGGUCCCCGCACUCUGGCUGAGACCUGAUGGCUGUGACCUCGAAGGCAAAGCGAAUGGUUCCCGCGGCCGAGGUUGAUAGAUUCCUGACUAUCAGACUUGUCCACCAGAAGUGAACUGUCAAGGCUGCUUUUCUGUCCUAAAACUGGGGAACUGUUUGGUGUCAUGAAGGUCUUCUGCGGGCGGGCCAACCCUACCACGGGGUCCGUGGAGUGGCUGGAGGAGGAUGAACACUAUGAUUACCACCAGGAGAUUGCGAGGUCAUCCUACGCAGAUAUGCUGCAUGACAAAGACAGAAAUGUAAAGUAUUAUCAUGGCAUCCAGGCUGCUGUAAGCAGGGUGAAGGACAAAGGACAGAAGGCCUUGGUUCUUGAUAUUGGCACUGGCACAGGUCUCUUGUCAAUGAUGGCGGUCACAGCAGGUGCUGACUUCUGUUAUGCCAUUGAGGUUUUCAAGCCUAUGGCUGAUGCUGCUGUGAAGAUUGUAGAGAAAAAUGGCUUCCGUGAUAAGAUUAAGGUUAUCAACAAGCAUUCUACUGAGGUGACCGUGGGGCCAGAUGGUGACAUGCCGUGCCGUGCUAAUAUCCUGGUCACAGAACUCUUCGACACGGAACUGAUUGGGGAGGGGGCGCUGCCCUCCUAUGAGCAUGCACACAGGCAUCUCGUGCAGGAAAAUUGUGAGGCCGUGCCUCACAGAGCAACUGUCUAUGCGCAGCUGGUGGAGUCCAGAAGGAUGUGGUCUUGGAAUAAGCUAUUUCCCAUCCGUAUUCAGACCAGCCUUGGAGAGCAGGUCAUUGUUCCUCCCUUGGAACUGGAAAGGUGCCCUGGUGCACCCUCUGUCUGUGACAUUCAGCUGAACCAGGUAUCGCCAGCCGACUUCACUGUCCUCAGCGAUGUGCUGCCUAUGUUCAGUGUGGACUUCAGCAAGCAAGUCAGUAGCUCGGCAGCUUGCCAUAGCAGGCAGUUUGAACCUGUGGCAUCUGGCCGAGCUCAGGUGGUUCUCUCCUGGUGGGACAUUGAAAUGGACCCUGAGGGGAAGAUCAAGUGCACCAUGGCCCCUCAUUGGACACAGUCAGACUCAGAGGUGCUCCAGUGGCGGGACCACUGGAUGCAGUGUGUGUACUUCCUGCCAGAAGAGGAACCCGUUGUGCAGGGCUCAGCCCUCUGCUUGGUAGCCCACCACGAUGACUACUGUGUGUGGUACAGCCUGCAGAGGACCAGCCCUGAAAAGAACAGCAAAGUCCACCAGAUGCGCCCUGUGUGCGACUGCCAGGCUCACCUGCUUUGGAACCGGCCUCGGUUUGGAGAGAUCAAUGAUCAGAGCCGAACUGAUCAAUAUGUCCAGGCCCUGAGGACCGUGCUGAAGCCUGGCAGUGUGUGCCUCUGCAUCAGCGAUGGCAGCCUGCUCUCCGUACUGGCCCACCACCUCGGGGCAGAGCAGGUAUUUACAAUUGAGAGUUCAGCAGCUUCUCAUAAGCUGAUGAAAAAAAUCUUCAAGGCUAACCAGUUGGAAGAUAAAAUUAAUAUCAUAGAGAAACGGCCAGAGUUACUAAAGAAUGCAGACCUGGAGGGCAAAAAGGUCUCUCUUCUCCUGGGUGAGCCGUUCUUCACCACCAGCCUGCUGGGUGGGCAUAAGUGUCAGCUGUACCCUGCUGGUGAUGCAGAUAAGGCUUGCACCUCCUCACAGGACCUGUGGCGGAUCCGGAGCCCCUGUGGUGAAUGCGAAGGCUUCGAUGUGCACAUCAUGGAUGACAUGAUUCAGCGUGCCCUAGACUUCAGGGAGAGCAAGGAGGCCGAGCCUCACCCAUUGUGGGAGUACCCUUGCCGCAGCCUCUCUGAGCCCUGGCAGAUGCUGACCUUUGAUUUCCAGCAGCCAGUGCCCCAGCAGCCUGUGCGAGCUGAGGGCUCCGUGAAGCUGAGGAGGCCUGGCAGAAGCCACGGGGCGGUCCUGUGGAUGGAGUACCACCUGACCCCUGACUACACAGUCAGCACCGGCCUUCUGGAGCCUGCAGAAGACAAGGGAUACUGUCGCUGGAACCCCCACUGCAAGCAGGCUGUGUACUUCUUCAGCACCACGCUGGGUCCCAGAGAGCCACCAGGCGGCCCCCGGGCAGUGAGCUAUGCUGUGGAGUUUGAUCCCCACACUGGAGACCUCACCAUGGAGUUCAGGCUCACAGACACUCUGGACUGACCCUCACUUGAGAAAUAAAGUGGCCCAAGGGCUGCAGGUUCUAAAA